UCAUACUCCCUCUCCUUCCUCUCACAGGCAGGCCUCUGCAUUUUACUUAGCAGAUAGGUUUUCAACAAGUGCAGUUAGUAGUUGGUAAGACACAAGCUAGACUUUUCUGAGUUCUGAUAGGACCUGACAAGGGUUUUUACCUUGUACCUAGAGCAAACAUGAGGACAACCCUACUUUUUUUAUCACUUCUGGUGGCAUCUGGACGAACAAGAUUUCAGUGAAUCAGAGACUUAAUGUUCUUCACCUUGAAGGCGCAGGACUGUCUUCCUUGUCAUUUGGAGUGAUUACCUUUUGUUACAUUGCUGUGGAACACAGAUUUUUGGGUGAAUUGGUUUGUGUACAGCUUUCCUCCUGGAUUACGUGUGGAGAUUAGUGAUGGGGAAUGCGGCCGCAGGUGGCUUGGAGCAUGAGGCGGCUGAGGGCAGAGAGGCCAGGAACUCAGCUGGGGCAGUUUCAGCGAUGAGCGACCCCACACUGUCUUUGCAGAAGAAGCAGUCUUCUCCCCCAAAACUUCCAAUGCCCCCAGGAGAGGAGCUGGAGGAACGCUUCAAUGUGGUGCUGAGCUACAUGAAUUUGCCUCCAGACAAACUUAAGCUGCUGAGUCAAUAUGACAAUGACAAGAAAUGGGAAUUAGUCUGCGAUCAGGAGCGCUUCCAAGUCAAGAGCCCUCCGUCGACUUACUUGUCAAAAAUUAAGAGCUUCUACCAAGAUCAAGGCGGGGUGUCCCGCAGGUCCAAGAAAAAAAUUCAAGAUGCAACCCAGGUCCUUAAAGCCUUGGAGAUAUCUCUUCGUACCAAUCACAUUGGAUGGGCUCAGGAAUUUCUCAAUGAGCAGAACAAAGGUUUGGAUGUUCUGGUGGAAUACUUGUCCCAUGCUCAAAGUGACAGCUCAUUUGAUUUGGAGUCUGUGGAAAAUGGUGGCACCCUAUCAGACAGACAAAAACCAGCAGAGCGGUCAAUGGAAGAUUUGACCAAGAGCUCCAGCAGUGGUCACUCGCAUGGGAUGACCAGAGCCGCACGGGCCCUUACUGUAAGAAUAAGCUCCACUCUGGCAAACAGGAUGCAUAAGAAGUCACAUUUGUCCCAGCAGAGAGAUGAUAUACACGUGUGCAUUAUGUGCUUAAGAGCCAUCAUGAACUACCAGUCUGGUUUUAACCUUGUAAUGACUCACCCAUGCUGUGUGAACGAGAUCACUCUCAGCCUCAACAGCAGGAAUCCCAGGACCAAAGCUCUCGUCUUGGAAUUGCUGGCUGCUGUUUGCCUCGUCAGAGGAGGGCAUGACAUCAUUCUCUCCGCUUUUGACAACUUUAAGGAGGUGAGCAAAGAGAGGAACCGCUUUGAAAAACUGAUGGAGUACUUCAUCAAUGAUGACAACAACAUUGACUUCAUGGUGGCCUGCAUGCAGUUCAUUAACAUUGUGGUCCAUUCAGUGGAGAACAUGAACUUCCGAGUCCAUCUGCAGUAUGAGUUCACUCACCUUGGAUUAGACAAGUAUCUGGAGAGUGUGAAACAGACAGAAAGUGAAAAGCUGAAGGUCCAGAUCCAGGCCUACUUGGACAAUGUGUUGGAUGUUGGAGCUCUGCUGGAGGAUGCUGAGAACAGGGGAGGAGUGCUGGAUCAUGUGGAUGAACUGCAGAAUCACAACGUACAGCUGAACUCCCGCCUUCAGGAGCUCGAGACUCAGACUACAGAGAAGAUAUCUGAACUGGAGACUCAGCUCAUGCAGGCCACCAAGGAAACUGAGUUGCUCAAAGAAAGCCUCCGGGAAUCAUGUUCCCAAGUUAGUUCUUUGCAGCAGAGAGAACGAGAGCGUGAGCUGGACAGAGAGAGGGAGAGGGACCGGGAACGUCUGGGCACCUCUGCCAGUCACUCACCUUCUGAGCUGGAGCAGAAGAUCCAUGAGCUGCAGGACAAGGGACUGAUCAGACUCGGACGCACUCCCUCAGGAGCUCUGGACAUCCAGGUUGUGCCUGUGAAAGUUGUUGAGUAUGUCCAAAGCCCAUCCUCAACCACCCAACCAAGCAUCUCCUCCUCAGCAUCCACCCUCCCCUCUCCACCUUCUCCAUCUACCCCUCCUGGUGGUCCAGGAGAGACUGUGACUCCUCCCCCACCACCUCCUCCUCCAUCAAGUGGAGGCUCUGUUGCUCCUCCUCCACCCCCUCCACCACCCGGGGCAGGUCCACCACCUCCUCCUCCUCCACCUGGUGCUGGACCCCCACCUCCACCUCCUCCACCUGGUAGUGGUCCCCCACCUCCUCUUCCCCCACCUGGUGGAGGACCCCCACCUCCUCCUGGAGCUCCAGAUGCCCAAUCUGGGUUCAAGACUAAGAAACCCAUUCAGACCAAGUACAGGAUGCCUUUGUUAAACUGGCAGCCUUUAAAACCAAACCAAGUAACAGGCACAGUGUUCAAUGAGCUAGAUGACGAGCAGAUCUUAGUGGAGCUGAACAUGGAGAUGUUUGAGGAACAGUUCAAAACAAGGGCCCAGGGAAAUCCAGCAGACCUGUCCAAGGUUAAGAAAAAGGUGACGCAAAAAGCUCCCACCAAGAUAUCCCUCAUUGAUGGAAACAAGGCAAAAAAUCUAGCCAUCACUCUUCGCAAGGGAGGAAAGAGCCCAUCGGCUAUCUGCACAGCCAUAGAGACGUAUGACCAGCAGUCUCUGUCCAUAGACUUCCUGGAAUUGCUUGAACACUUCAUACCAUCAGACUUUGAAAUGAAACUUCUUGUGAACUACGAGAAAGAAGGUCGUCCACUGGAGGAACUGACAGAUGAAGACCAAUUCAUUUUACGUUUCGGGAAGAUCGCUCGUCUAAGUCAGCGCAUAAACACACUCACCUUCAUGGGCAACUUCCCAGAGAGCAUCAAACACCUGCGGCCGCAACUUAAUUCCAUCAUUGCUGCAUCCAUGUCUAUCAAGUCUUCAGCUAAACUGAAAAAGAUCUUAGAAAUUGUUCUCGCCUUUGGUAACUACAUGAACAGUAGUAAGAGAGGUGCGGCAUACGGUUUCAGGCUGCAGAGUCUUGACCUUCUCUUGGAGACCAAAUCCACCGACCGCUCCCAGACGUUACUUCACUUCAUGACUAAUAUCAUUCUUGAAAAAUACCCGGACCUGGUCAACUUCCACACUGACCUUCACUUUAUAGACAAAGCAGCUCUUGUGUCCUUGGACAGCAUUCUUCAGGACAUCCGCUCAUUGGAGCGAGGUAUGGAGAUGACCAAGAAGGAGUUCCUGGUGCAGGAUGACAGUCCGGUGUUAAAGGAAUUCAUCAAAACAAACAGCGAGCAUCUCGAAUCUUUGAUCAAAGACAGCAAGACAGCACAGGAGGCUUAUGUUUCUGUUGUGGAGUAUUUUGGAGAAAAUCCUAAAACCAUGCAGCCUUCCAUGUUUUUCCCGCUGUUUGUGCGCUUCAUAAAGGCUUAUAAGACAGCACAGCAAGAACUUGAGCUGAAAAAGAAAAUGGAAAAGGAAAGUUCUGAGGAGAAAGAAACAUCAUCUCCGAACAAGGCUGCUGCACAAAAGGGCCCCAUGAUGCCGAAGAUGGAUCUGAUAGCAGAACUAAAGAAGAGGCAGGUGAAAUCUCCGGUACGCGAGGGAAAAGAUGGUGCUCUGGAGGAUAUUAUUACAGAUCUGAGGGCAACACCCUACAGGCGCUCAGACGGUCGUCGUCCAGCUCAACGCCAGGAAACUUGAGUCAAUUUUGGUUUAUUUUUUGUGGUUUUGAUGAAUAUGCAUAACAUGCACUCAAAUAUACAAGCAACUAUACCAAGCUUUUAGAAUAUGAUGUAUAUACAAUAUAACUUGCACCAGCUUCAGCAUCAUGUGUAUUAACUAUAUUUUUAGUGUGAAUUAGCUAUGUAAAUACAGGAGAACAUAAAACAGUUUCACCAGUAAGUUCUCCAACUUUGAUUCAUCAAAACUAUUUUUACCAAUUCUAUGCUCCAUCAAUGGACUUGUAUGCUCUAAAAUUGUAAUACUGUUAAAAAAAAUCAUGAUAUAUUUUUAAAGUAAACGUUUUUGUAACCAUUGUUUUUUGUAUUCGUUUUCUUUAUGAUGCGAGAUGUGACUCGUGUGUGAGAUAAAGUCACAAAAACAGAAGGAAUAAAGCAAGCUCAGACUGUACAAGAGGGCUGCACUUUAUUGGACACACAAUCACAGCAAAUAAUGUACAAAAGAAGGCAGGUACGGGUGCCUGCUGUCUUCUCACGGAAAAUAAAACACACAUUUCUCACAGAACAUCAUGGCAUCCACGCUGAUAAAUUAUCUUCAGUAUCAGUAGGCAUUUAAAUUUUAUAUAUCUCAUAUAAUUGAUCUGUUUUCUGUAGUUAUUUUUAUUCUUAUGUCACACUACUCUACAAAUGGGAGAAUCAAGCUGAUUUCUUAUGUUGGGGUGCGUUCGGGCCUUCAGAUCCCUGGACGUUAAACACUUCCAACCACUAUCAUUAUCCUCACGUAACUUCACAGUAAGACUGAACAUGCCCGUGUCACAGAUACUAAAAUAACGUAUCGUUCUUGUUUGUAAAUCUUGAACAUAUAUACCCACUUCUCCAACUCUUUCUUAUAACUGUGAAAAAACAUGUACGUAACUUUUUUUUUUCUCUAGACUGCACCGUGCGUUUGCUUGAGACUAUACAUGCAUUGUUUUUGUAUAUACCUUUGUACCCAUCAUCAUAGUUUAUUAAUAAAACAUUUUCUUUUGGACAUAAUUCGGUAAACUCUCUAUGACUCAACAUAUUUACAAGUCAAUAAAAAUUUUUAAAUAUAUUUUUGAUGCCAAGAUUUUUGAACAUCCACACAUUCAAGUAAAAAUCUCAUAUUAAUACUACAGAAUGUAGGUUGAGUAUAUGGAAAAAAAAUACAAUGGCAAAAUCAAAGAUUUCAUACAUCUUCGCUGAUUCCCUAAUAAGUUCAUCUUUUUAUCAUUUUGAUAGUUUAGUGUAAACGCUACUUAAAGUCACAAACUGGAGGAGUAUAAGCAACAAAAUGUACACUUAUAGUCUGAACCUUUUUAUCCACAUUCCUGCCAUCUCAGUUCACAUGCAAACAAAUAAAACAGGCGAAAUAGAUAAAGCCAAGUACUUUCCUUUAGACAAAACAGUGAGGCCUCAUGUGAAGCCUUUGGACUCAUGUCACAGUAAGUACUACAUCUUCUGUGUUUCCGACCAUCUCCAGUGUCACUAAUACCAUUUAGAUCACAAAAAUACAGAAUGGCAGAGUAAGGUGAGAAAAAAGAAUAAACACAUAAAAAAUAACCCAGGCCUAAACAAAUAGAUAGUAGCAAAAUAAGCCCCUACUAACAGGCACUAGUCUAGCCUCUUACACUUUAACUUUAGGAGCCAAAGGUGCAAACAAGCUGGACGAGCAUUUUCAGGGAAAAGCUUUUUAAAUCGUUAUAAUUACAUAAAGUUCAACUCAUUAUUUGUAAAGAAAACCCUAAAAUUUCAAAAUUAACUUCAAAAUAUAUUACAGAACCUAAUGCUUAUCUACACAGAUAUUUUAAACUAUAUCAAAAUGUUCUGCAUAUGAAUAAAUAAUCUCAGAGUGAAAUGUAAUAUCUCUUUGAAUGAAUUAAAAAAGAAAAUUCUGUACAAAAUGGUCACUAAUAUAUAAAUCAGAAGAGAUGAGGACAUUUACAGUAUUGAAUUUAAUCUAGACCUACAUAUUUAUAUAUAUAUUCACAUUGUUUCACAAUUAUAUCAUACACAAACAUCUAACUUAGAUAUAUUUAUAUAUGUAUAUUUCUCCUAUGUCUAGUUUCAAGUUUGCAUGGGUUUUUCUGAUUGCCAGAGUGUGCUUAACAUGCUUGAAGCCCCCCAAGCAUGUUAAAAUCACAGCCCACUAACACUUGUUUUGUGAUAAAAAAGUCCAGGUGGCAUUUUAACACAGCUCUCUGAUUUCACUUAGGCUAAACUACCACAUACUUCCUCCUUGCUGCUCACUAAAUGCACAAACUGUAAAUUUAUCUUGAAAUGUUACAGCUUUGAGGAUUUCUUUCAUUUGACUGAAUCUG